AUGAUUGCAGCAGUUGCAGCAACAGGGCUGCUUUCUGCUCUUGCACCUGUGUGUGCUUUAAUGACUCAGAUUUUCAGGCGAUGCUGGUUGGUUUUCAAGAAGGCUUCUAGCAAAGGACCCAGGAGGCUAGAAAAAUUUCCAGAUGAGAAGGCAGCGUAUUUCAGGAACUUCCACAAGGUAACUGAGCUGCACAAUAUCAAAAACAUAACCAGAUUGCCUCGAGAGACCAAGAAGCAUGCAGUGGCAAUUAUCUUUCAUGAUGAGACGUCAAAGACAUUUGCGUGCGAGUCAGAACUAGAGGCCGAGGAGUGGUGCAAACAUCUCUGCAUGGAGUGUCUAGGGACCAGACUCAAUGAUAUAAGUCUUGGGGAACCCGACUUGCUUGCUGCUGGAGUCCAGAGAGAACAAAAUGAGCGAUUCAAUGUAUAUCUUAUGCCUACACCGAAUUUGGACAUCUAUGGGGAAUGUACAAUGCAGAUCACUCACGAAAACAUAUAUCUCUGGGACAUCCACAAUGCCAAGGUCAAGUUGGUCAUGUGGCCUCUGAGCUCUUUGAGGAGAUACGGACGUGAUUCAACAUGGUUCACAUUUGAGUCUGGAAGGAUGUGUGACACAGGAGAAGGGCUGUUCACCUUUCAGACAAGAGAAGGAGAGAUGAUAUAUCAGAAAGUUCAUUCUGCAACACUGGCAAUAGCAGAGCAACAUGAAAGAUUAAUGAUGGAGAUGGAGCAGAAAGCACGGCUCCAGACCAGUUUGUCUGAACCAAUGACAUUAUCCAAGUCAAUCUCGCUUCCUCGCAGUGCAUACUGGCAUCAUAUCACCCGGCAGAAUAGUGUUGGAGAAAUCUACAGCUUACAAGGUGCUGGCAAAAAGCCUCAUUUUCAGUCCGAGAGGAGCCCAGGAUGGUCACAGUCUCGGUCCAGGGAAGGUGUCUCGGGCACAGACAUUUCCCAGCUACCCCUCGGAGCAGGGCGAGGAGCACCAGCAGUCCCUGGCACUGGCCGGCAGCUACGGAUUCAGCUACAGCUCAGGCCUCAUCCAAUGACACCCGGAGAGCCACCGGCCGAGAGAGACAGUUGA